CGGCUGCUUAACUCAACACGCCGAAAUUCGCCAGUUCAGUUACUAAAAAUUGGUGCAAGCAUCGUGUGCGACUUUCAUGCAGAUUUGAAUUGGCUCCGAGUGGUUCGCAUUCUGGUGUGUGACAUGAAGAUGUCCACGAACAUGUGGGGGUGCCAGAGAUUGAUAUAAACGGGAAAUGAAACUGAAAUAAGAAAAUCCAGUAUACUGCCAACCAAGACAACGAUGCAGCGGAAACAAUAGAAGAAAAAUAAAAGACUGAUACCUGUGAUAACUUUGUGAUCCAAAAACGUAGAUAGUGUUUUUUUUUCAAGAGAUUAGCUACAGUGAUUUUGAAGCAUUACUUAUUUUUAAACUUACAAGAAAGACAACUCUGGAACAGGAUAUUUCCACACCGCCAAAAUGGAUUUCCUAUCAGAUUUCAACGAAGAGAUGGCCGCAGGUGACACCUACAAGAUCAACUUCGGCACCAAGGUGCAAAGAGUGGGCAAAAUAUUCUCCUAUACCUUCUGGAGAACUGAAAUAGACGGUGAAAUAUUCUGGAGCGUGCAAGGAAACAAAACAGACGGUUCAGCUUGGGUAGCUACCCAAUACUUUGGCCCUCCCGAGGAAGCAAAGAGAUACCAACAGGAAAUUAUCCUACACCACCCCACAGAAAAGAGGAUAAAAAUGAUGUACACAUCCAGUUGCACUCUGGGUAUGAACUGCAUAAACAUAUCUAGGGAGAUUGUACACCACUUCAGGGAUGAGAACAAUAGCAUCAAUUUUGAAUACAGGUUGCUGAAGCUGAAAAGAAGGCCGUAUCCGCAGAGGAUGUUAUAGCGAAGACAUCGAAAAUACAAAAUGAGGAAAGAUUGAAACAGUCUUUUAAUAAUGGCAUAAGUACUUAAAGAAAAACCAGUUUUUUAUAAAGGAGAAAUGGCAUGAGUAAACGUCGCGAUGUUUGUCAGAUACAUCUUGGUAAAGAGUAUUUUUUAAAAUUUGCAAUGAAAGAAGUUCAAAAAUUCAAAACAUGCGUGCACUUACUUCAUGAUUUCUUGACAAUAUCCCAAUAAUUGGAAGUAGUUAUUUAAAUUUUUUAUCAGAUCAUCAAUUAUAACGAAAAAAAACCUCAAAAUCCUUAAAACAAAUAAAAUUUUUACAUUUCUCGAAGACCACGCAGAACAAAACACAAAAAGAUACAAACGUAAACAAUUCUUUCGAUUCAUCUAGCGUUAUUCUGAUGAUUUGAUGGAUCUUCGGAGGAAAAAUUCCAACAACUCAAGGCCGACCGUGUCUGAAAACAUCGUGACUGAGCCUAUACGUAACUCUUGGGAAUGUGAGAGGGUAUGUUAUAAUAGCAGAUAGUUAAGUGAGAGUGACUACAUGUAUAUUUUGGUCUAAUAUGUGGAAGGUAAUCGGUUUGUGUACUAAUCAACCAAAUAAGUUAGUAGUUCGAACCUAGAAAAUGCAAGGUCAUUCUUUUGACGAUUGGGAGCAAAAAGUAGGUUCGUUGGAACAGUGAUUCGUGGUACAACAAAAAAAAAAUUAACAGUUAGGAUUUGAGAACAGAUGCAAGUGAUUGAAAAGUAGCAAUUAAUUACUAUGCCAGAGGCAUAAGUUCAAGAUUUGAAAUGAUUAAAGCAGCUGGAGUUAUCAUUAGAUGAAAAGUAGGUAGAUAUUGAUGUGUAUCAUUACAGGACUACUUUUUUGAACGGUUACUCUGUAUUUUUUUAAAUGAACAUUUAAUUCACUGAUUUUAUACAUAUAUUAUUUGACGAAUAAUGAGAUACAAAUUUUCAGUCUAUUUACAUGUACCAACAGAACGGGGUAUACUUUGGAAAUGUUCCAGACUUCCACAUUUACGUUUAUCCCUUCUGUCGCCAGAAUUUCAAUAAAGGGCUCUUUUAGCUUUUAUCUAUAUUUUAGUAUAUAGUAUAUCAAGCGAAAGAACAUAUUUAGUUCGUACACGAGUUUUAGAGGAAACUAUUACAGUAACAUAAAAGAUGUUGUGAAUUUCUCAUUAUUUCAUAGUAAAAGUUUUGCUGUAAUGUAUACAACAUAAUUAAAAGUUUUCGGUUCGGAGGGACAAAACCACUGCAAACUUAUAGAAUUAUUAGAGUUUGCUUAACUAACUUACAAAGUUGCUGGAGGAAAAGCAGUGUUCAGAUUUUCUUUCCUUAGGAAUCAGUGCAAUUUUAUUUUAAACUGCUAAGGAAUCGUUGAUAUCAUUUUUUGUUGUACCUAUGACUGAAAAGUAUGAUUUGUGUUGGAAAUUUUAUGCACAUGUAUUUUAUAUCUUUAUAUCAAUUAUUAGUAUUAAAGCAUACCCCAAAAAAGCAUGAAAUGCAAAGUGUAUAAAAAAUGCAACCAUCAAUCAGGUACAAUAUGUCUGACGUAAUAUUUUGCGAUGUUUAUUUUUUAUACACCCUGUAUACUUGUGAAAAAACAAACAAAAUGAGAUUGAAACUAGAACUACUUGACUAAUAUAAAAGUGUGUUGAGUGCUUUUAGGUAUAAGAGUUCAAAGAAAAAAAUGAAAGCAACUUAUUAAUAUAGGAACAAAAUCUAUUCCACGAAACUAAGAUAGAUGGUUUCUUGUAAGCUUGUCUUGUAAAUACGUAGCUUGGAAGCAAUUGUAUCUGAUUCAACAUUUUUCUCAAUAAAAAAAGUGAAUUGGGUU